AUGGUAACGCAGCGGUGGUUCUCGCUGUGCUGCGGACGCGCUCAGGCUGCUGCAGAGCAUGCGUGCCAGGAGGAGCUCGAGCUGCGCUGUGCAGCGCUGAUCACGGCUUGGGCCCGCCUAGCGCGGAAGCUCAGCCGUGUGGCGCGGCUGAGGAGGAUCUGGGCCGUCUUCGGCCACCACCUGAACGAGCUCAGUGUGCUUCGUGAUCUGCAAGCGCAGAUGCACGCGAUGCAGCAGGAGCUCAUCGCAGCGCGCGGCGAGGCCGCGCAGACACGGCAGGCGGCAGUUGAGGCGCGGGCGGCCGUUCCAGCACAGCGAGAGGGCGCGGCACCAGCAGCAGAGCGCUGGGCCGCGGAGGUUUCGACGAUAGGGAAACCCGAGCACUGCGAUGGCACGAAGUGGCGGGACUGGUCGGUGGUCUUCGGGGCGUACGCGGGGGCGACCAACCCGCGCAUGGCGGAGGCGUUCCAGCGAGCGUCGAGGUCGGCGGCCCCCAUGUUCAACGCGACCCCGGAGGAAGACGACGUGGAGAUCAGCCGUCAGUUGCACUACUGGCUGGCAGUUGUGGCGCAGAUUCUUCCAACGCCCCUGAACAGGGCCUUGGAGACGCAGUAUUUCCCAAUUCCCUGGUGCAGGGCCAGGGGGGGUUGGUCGGAGUUGGAGGUAGAGAUGGAUGAAAAACGCGACCUGUGGUCGUCCGCCCUGCUACAUUGGCAGCAGAGCCAGCACGUGCAGGACUACCAGGAGUGCGUGGCCGGGGUGCCCCAGCGGACGUACUGGAACUGGAGGAACGCAAUCAACCACUGCAUCUGCAAGACGGACGUGAAAAACGCCACGGAGGAGCACCACUGCUGCAAAGCGCUGUGGGCCGGGGACUUAUGCAAUGCGAGCUUUUGCCCGGACCUUGGCAUGUGCGACUCCGACGAGGCCUUGGAUUGUGCGGAGACCUGCAACGACAUUUGCCAGAACAUCAAGGCGCCCUCGUCGGAGUGCUCCCAGAAG